CAAUUACGAUACAAGCACUAUGGUGUUACCGAGAAAUUUCUUGUUCUUUGCGUGGUCAAUUCACUUCUUCACCUUGUAUUUACUAUAUAGAUCCCAUACUUCGGCUUCCCAUGGCAUCCCAACCCUUCGUUUCCUUAUCUUUCAGCCACUCUACUUUUUUUUUAUUCUGUGGUGUCUUCUUCUGAUAUAUGUUCGUUUAAUCAAUUCUAGCCUCCAUAACACACUGCAGAAAGUUAUUGAGAGCUCCCUCAAACAAUAAUGGCGGCUUGUGCUGUUAAUUCAAGAAGUGAAACUUCGACCAGUUCUUUUUCUUUGGACUCCAACCACUGCCAGGUGAGUAAUACUUGUUGCCGGCCCCUAUUUUGCAGACCCAAUUCCUCAAAUAUUGUUUCAUGUAAAGCCAGCAACCGGACCGCCGGGAAUAAACUGUCAAAUGCCUCGAAAAUCGUUCUGCACAAUGAGGAUGAAGAAGAACAGGACGUGCUUUGGUUGGAAAUUAGAGAGGAAGCUUUGCAUGAUAUUGAACAAGAGCAUGUAUUGCAUGAAUACUAUUACUCAUCUAUACUGUCACAUGUUUCACUAGAGAGCGCGUUGGCGGAUCACCUAGGGAUGAAGUUGGGAAAUGCGCAUAUUGCUAGUGAUACGCUUAAGGGAAUUCUCUUGAGCGUUUUUGCUGAAGAUCAGGAGAUCAGGAGAGCCAUCAGGGAUGAUCUCAGAGCUGUAAGAGAACGAGACCCGGCCUGCCUCGGUUAUGCGCAUUGCUUGUUGAAUUUUAAAGGUUUUCUUGCAUGCCAAGUGCAUAGGGCGGCACAUAAACUGUGGUCAAAAGGUAGGAAAGCCAUGGCAGUUCUGCUUCAGAGUCGGACAUCUGAGGUUUUUACGGUGGAUAUUCAUCCUGGAGCUACAAUUGGAGGGGGGGUGUUACUUGAUCAUGCCACAGGAAUUGUUAUUGGAGAGACUGCAAUCAUAGGAGACAAUGUUACAAUUCUGCAUAAUGUGACAUUAGGUGGGACAGGGAAACUUUCCGGGGACAGGCAUCCUAAGAUAGGCGAUGGGGUUUUCAUUGGUGCAGGAGCUAAAGUUUUGGGUAACAUAGUAAUUGGAGAGGGUGCUAAAAUUGGAGCAGGGGCAGUGGUUCUAAAGGAUGUGCCUCCUAAGGCUACUAGUGUUGGAAACCCAGCUAGAUUGAUUGGAGGGAAACAGAAACCCAUUAAGCUCCAUCACUUCUUGGAGGAUUCGGUUUUCUGAGAUAUUAUUGUUGAAAGCCUCUUUCACUUUCUUGGUGUAGACUACCUCCAUAACACUCUGUUUGAAGAUGGCUGUUAAUAUUAGAGGGAUUGAGUUAAUAAUGUAUUGUAAUGGAUACUUUUUUGUCUUAAAUCAUGUGGUGAUGUCUACUUUCCGAAAUAAUAAACGAGAAACUUACAAAGAAGUGAUAACUUAUCACUCUUCCUCGAAUGUGUUUCUCAAGUUUUGUGUA